AUGCAGGAACAGUCAAAACGUCAAAAGUUUUUGAGUAUGGUGGAGAAAAUGCAUGCGGAACCUAACGAACUAGAGGAACUUACAGAACAUGAGAAGUUUGCUUUAUUUUCUGCCAUUAAAAGCGAACAAAUCAAGAGAUAUAACAAGUGGGUUGCGGAUGAAGAACAGUUUUCGAAAAACAAUGGUUUAAACAAAGAAAAUACUGAUGAUGGUAAAUCAAAUAAUAAUCAGUCCAAAAAACGUGUCAACUAUUUAUGUGGACCUGACGGUAAAUUAAUUGUUACUACUGCUUUAGCACCAGACUAUGAUCGAACAAAUCACUCCGAUGGCUACGGUUCAUCGGGGACUACAUCAAAUGAUUCAUUUAAAUCAAUUGUUCUUAUUAGAGAGUUUGAAUCACCAUCAAACUCUUCAGAACUAAAUGAUAUGGAUUCGACGAUGACCACCAAUAGCACAACAUCAACGAGAACGACAAUAACAACGACAACAUCAACAGCGAUAACAACACCAACAACAAUCAAGUCAAUUUUUACAACAAAUGUAACAUUUUCAACUACGACAUUGACUGAUACUUUAAAUAGCAGUUCCGUUGCAAAUAGUGCGACUAAUGUAUCAUAUUCAACAGAUAAUGCAAGUAUGGCAUAUAGAAAUGAUAAACAGAGGAAUAAUCAUUUUGUCCCAUCCUUAUCUAAUACUACAAACUACAAUGAUAAUACUACAAGUUGUAAUGUUCCUACCAUGAAUGGACAUUGUAAAAAUUGUCACAAUAUCAUUGAUAAUAAUAAUAAUAAUAUUAAUAAUAAUAAUAAUACUAAUAGUAAUAAAAUUAAUAAUGAUCAUAACGAUAAAAAUAUUCCAUGUCAAGCAAAUGGACAAUAUAUUUCUGUUAUCAAACCUUUUAUACAAGAUAAUGAAAAUAAUCAGAAUUCUUUUAAAGGAAUGAAUAAUAAUAACGCUCCAUUAAUAACAAAUGAAACAGUUGCAACCAUGACAAAAAAUGCUACACAAUCAAAUCAUUUUUAUUCACCAGAAAUUGAAACUACCCUUAAUUUAUAUUCUCAUUCUAACGAUUUUUAUAAUAAUAAUAAUGAUAAUGCCAGAAUUGAUAUACAAAGAAAAGGUGGAGGAAAAGGAGUACAAAUGAAUAGUCAAGAGAAAAUCACGGAGUUCAAGAAUAAUGAUAUUGAUACAAAUAACCAUAGAAAUAAUUACAAACAUCAAGAAUCCGAUAACACUGACACUCUUAUUAUAUGUAUAUCCAACAAUAAUCGUAAUAAUACUUCUGUAGUUAUGACAACUACCACACCUUAUGACAGUAAUGAUAACAACAAUAAUAAUAAUAGCUAUGUCGAUACUAGUAAUAUUAUAAUGAGAACAACUAAUCCUGAUUAUAACAGUAUCGAUGUUAGUAGCAGUAUUAACAGUAGUACUAGUAGUAUUACUAGUAAUAAUCGAAAUUAUUAUUUAGAUUUAGAUAGACAGUUAAAUAAUAAUAAACAAAUUAAUAACAGUAGUAUGAAUCUUAAGAAUUCCUAUGAUACCAAGAAUGCAUUUGAUUUCACAAUGCAUAAUCGUCCUAAUAAUAAUAUUAAUAGUUCUAUUACUAUUCUCAACGACCCUUCUAAUACAACGAACCAAGGAAGUGAUGUAUCCAUUGAUGAUGCAAUGCCAUUGUCACCAAGAACAACAGCAACCACAAACAAAACAUUGAAACGUUUUGUAUUAACCAGAAGUCCAUUAAGUAGUCCUUCAGUAACAACACCAACCAGUAUAUCACCAGCACCAAUUCAUCAAAAUCAUCAUAUAAGUGAAAGAACUCCACCUAGUUCUGCCAUAGAGAAUACAAAUUUAUCCAUAACAAAAAGCCAUUUUAAUCGAAUCAGUUUAUUAAAUAAUCCCUAUAAUUUGUCGCAUCAAAAUUAUGAUCAGAUCGACCCAUCAUUUUCAUCAUCAACAUCGGAAUUAGAUAAAAUAUCUUCAUCGAUUACAUUUUCGUCAAAUCCAUCUAAUCAUACAAUGAUGACACGUUUUACAAAACAACCUGAACCACAACAAUUAAGACAAGAGAACAAACAACUAUCAUCAUUGAUAAAACAUCAACAACCACAACAAAGAAUAACACUGAAUAAUAAUAACUAUAAUAAUGAUAAUUUAUCAUCAGUACAACCGCUUUCAAAUCAUACUGAUAAUAUUCAGAGUUUAAAUUCAACAUUUAGUAGAAUUAGUUCACCUCCAUCAGUAUUUCCACGACCUGCGUUUUGGACACCGGAUGUUAAGUUAUCACGUAAAGUUAACAAUGUAAUUCAAGAGGAUCCUAAAACUAAAGUUUACAAAUGGUUUGAAAGCUGUGAAGCUGCACGUUUACUUGUGGAUUUCGGUUUACCAAUUACUGGUUUUAGUCCAAAUUUAUCGUCGUUGACAUUUUCACGUGUACCUGAAUGGUUCCACGGAUUUCUCUCUCGUGAACAAGCUGAACGUUUGCUCACUAAAACUGAUAAAAAUGGCAGUUUCCUUCUACAUUUAAAUGAAUCAUUUUUAGGUUAUGUUAUCAGUUUGUUUACAUCAUCCUAUUGCAAUCAUUUCCUUGUAUCGGUAAUUGCAGUGAAACAAACCAAUUCUGGUUCACGUAAUACAACUAAGAGUACUUAUCAAUUGUAUGGUGUUGCAAAUCCUGAACAAUUCACCGAUUUAAGAGAUCUUGUGAAAUUUUAUUCUGUGCAUAGUUUAGGACGAAAUAAUAAUCAACAAUUAUUACUUUAUCCUGUUGGACAAGAGAAUCCAACUCUACCUGAUUAUUUAGACAUAUUUUAUUCUAGACCUGAUUCAACUUCUUAUACAAGAUUAUAA